AUGCCUGUGCCUUCCCAUCUCAUCGUGGUCUGCUGCCACGCUAUCUACCUGGGCCCGGGGACGGACUCUGCCAGCCAAGACGAAUCCAACUGGCUGAUUGAACCCUUUCAAGCUGGUGAAACGGACACAUACAUUAGACACAUCGAAGCCGGAGUGAAGGAGCUGGCGAGAAGUAGGGAGGACGCAAUUCUGAUAUUUAGCGGUGCGGCCACAAAGCUGGACAAGACGCAAACGACCGAAGGGGAAGGGUACUUGAACGUUGCUAUUGAGCACGACCUCUUCGGCCUGGAGACCUCUCCACCAUCACUGAGACAGCGGAUCUUCGUCGACCGCUACGCUACAGACUCGUAUCAAAACAUUCUCUGCUCGCUGAUCCAGUUCCCCAGCCAAACCAUUCGAGCACCCUUCCCGACCAAGCUCACGAUAGUCUCCCACUCCUUUAAACGCUCCCGCUUUCUCGAGCUGCACCUCCCCGCCCUCCGCUUCCCGCUUGAAUCUACCACGUACAUCGGGAUCAACCCGCCCUUUAGCCCGGCAAAGCUCAAAGAGAUCGAGGAGGGUGAUCGACUUCGUGGCUACGGCGCGUGGGAGAAGGACUUCUACGGCACGGGCGUGGGCUUGAGCAGGAAGAGGGAGAAGAGAGGCUGGGAUGGCGGGAAGUUCAGGAGCGAGGUCUUGGAAAGGUUUAGCGAUGGCGAAUUGAGAAGGGAUCUGAAAGGGUUGCUGUGUUGGGAUGGUGGAAGCGAUGGGAUGACAUUGUGGCAGGGAAGCGUCCCAUGGAAGUAA